AGCAGCACAGUCAGUCCCUUGGGCGAAUUGACUGCACACGCCACAAGCGUCUCUCGGCCCAAGAUUUAGCCGCUAAACUACCCCCUCACCCCCUCUCACCACCACCACCACCACCAACACCACCACCAUGUCUUCUGACGAGGAGGAAUACAGCAGUGAGGAGGAGUCUAGCGAGGAGGAGGAGGAGGACCCAGCGGCAAAGGCCAAGGCGGCUGAGGUACUGGCCAGACAAAAGGCUUUGGAAGAAGCCAAGAGGAAGCAGGAUGAGAUCAACAAGAGGAAGGCCGAGGUGCGCAAGCGCCUUGAGGAGCAGAGCGCGAAGAAGUCCAAGAAGGGUUUCAUGACCCCAGAGCGUAAGAAGAAGCUCAGGCUCCUCUUGCGUAAGAAGGCCGCUGAAGAACUGAAGAAGGAACAGGAGAGGAAAGCCGCUGAGAGGCGCAAGAUCAUUGACCAGCGCUGUGGCCAGCCCAAGAACCUCGAUGGUGCUAACGAGGCUGAGCUUGAAAAACUGUGUAGAGAUUUCCAUAGUCGCAUAGAGCGGCUUGAGGGGGACAAGUGGGAUCUGGAGCACCAGAUCAAAAUGAAGGACUAUCAGAUCAACGAACUCAACAUUCAGGUCAACGAUCUUCGCGGCAAAUUCAUCAAGCCCACCCUGAAGAAGGUCUCCAAGUACGAGAAUAAGUUCGCCAAGCUGCAGAAGAAGGCCGCUGAGUUCAACUUCAGGAACCAGCUCAAGACUGUCAAGAAGAAGGAGUUUGAGCUUGAGGACGACAAGGAGAAGGACAAAAAGCCUGGCUGGGCGGCUGGCGGUCCUGGAGUCGCCAAGAAGGAAGGAGAGGAGGGCGCACAUCCGGCGGAGGGUGAAGCCGUGGCUGAGGAAGGAGGGGAAGGCGCCCCCGCCGAGGGAACCCCCGCUGAAGAAACACAGGCAGAGGGCGCACCAGAGGGAGCCCCGCAGGAGGCACCGGCCGAGGAAGCUCCUGCCGAGGGCGCCGCUGAGGCUGCUCCGGCGGAGGGAGGUGAGGCUCCCCCCGCUGAGGGCGCCCCAGCGGACGCCCCGGCCGAGGCUCCCGCCGAGCCUGCCGCCGAGGCAACCGCUGAGGCUACCCCUGCUGAAGCUGCUCCACCCGCUGAAGGUGACGCCCCGCCCGCCCAGGAAGCGUAAAGCCCGCAGCCAGCAGCCGUCAGCAGGAGCAGGAGCAGCAGGGGGGUGAAUGCAGCCGAAGGAAGCAGCAACAAAAUAUACUCGUCUACGUUCCUUGUCUUCGUUUUCUGUGGAGCUUCGCUGUGACGUCAUGCAGUGUCCGGAUCCCUUCCCGAUGAGCUAAGAGGAAGUCAUGACAACUACCAACUAACAAAGAGAGGAAUGCACCCGUUGAGAGAUGCCAAGAUGGAAUAAAUACAAGAACAACAUCAGGAAGAGCAAGAUUACACCGCCUUUUCACGGUUAAUGGAAGAAAAACGAGAGAUAUAUGGAGAUUUCUAAGCCAAAGUCAAGGCCACAGCCGGGACUCAAGGGUGCAUUCGUGCGAGUCAACAUUUUUUUAUUAUUAUUCCAUCAUUUAUCAAGUAGGACUAAUUUAUAAAUCUUCCUGGACUGACUGUGAACAUCAAAAAUACAAAUAUAUAUGAUAAUAAUAAUGGUUAAUAUUAAACCUUCAAUAUAAUUUGUAUAAUGAAUGACGGUAUUUUUUUCAUGUUUGUCUCUGGAAAGUAUGAUUGAAUGCAUAAGUUUUCAGUUAUCAACACUGAUGAAAUAAAAUACUUGUCACA